AUGUUAGACUAUGCCAACCAUGCAGUUCUUCAAGGUCAGCUACACUGUUUCAGGGUAUAUCUUUUCCUAAAGAAGUUCACCCAGAGAGGUUGGAAAAAGAAAUUAUGCCCUACAGGAGCUAAAGUGGUGGUUGGAUGCAACAGGCUGCAGGGAAAGCAAGUACCCGAAUGGCAUCUGGUCCCGCCAGCCACGGAGGCUAUUUUUGAAGUGUGGGGGAUACUAGACAUAGACCUGUUCGCGUUCAGCGAGACCACCGUCGUAGAGGCCUAUAUAUCGCUUGACUCAAAUGAGAGUUCUGGCCAAGCCCAUUUUCGUAAAGAACCUGCGGAAGAUUCUUGU